GCCAUUUGUCUCGUCGUCUGCUAGCGUUCAAAGUUCAAAUGUACAAUGAAGUGUCUUUAAAUAAAAAUGGAUAAAAUAACGGAGAAAGACUGCGCAAAGCUUAAGGAUCUUGAAUCCAAUGUAGCAAACAAAUUCUCGUUUUCUUGGUUAGAACGGGAUGUUCAAGUUUGCAUUGAUGGACAAAAACACUCACGGCUUGUGAAAACCGACUUUGUCAAAGUUAACACCCCGGGUGUCAUCUUGUGCGAAUUGUGCCAUAAGAGUGUCAAUUAUGGAAGCCGAGGGUUCAUUGCAAUAAACGACCACAUUAAAACGCAAAAACAUGUUUUGCGUUUAAAAAAUAAGCUGCAGUCGUACAACAUAGAAUCGUUCAUGAAAAAGCCUGAAGAUGGAUCCAUCAAGAAUGCCAUCAGCACUAACAGCGCCAACGCCACAAAACCAGACAACCCCUUUCAGACUGUGCAGAUGUGUGAUCGUGUGUCAAAUGCUGAGGCAAUGCUGUUGGGCUUCAUUGCCGAAAACUUGCUGCCUUUCACCAUGGCCCCCAAGCUUGUUGACUUAGCCAAAGGCUUAGCAAAAGACACUAAGGCUUUAAACCACCUGUCAAUGGAUAGAACCUCAGCGUCAUACAAAAUGAAAUUUGGAAUGGGGAAGACAUAUUUUGAUAGAACAGUGUCCAACAUGAAACGAUUCAAGUUUUCCCUCAACAUGGAUGAGAGUACGAGCACAAAUCUGCACAGAGUCUUGACAGUACUUGUCAGCUACUUCUCCCCAGAAACGUCAUCAGUAGUGGUAGAACAUUUUACCUCUAUUGACUUGAUCAAAGUAGAUUCAGCGACUAUUACGAAUCACAUUAUUGACUUGUUUGCUACUCAUGACAUACCAUGGACAAAUUUGACAUCUGUGUUGAUGGACUCAUGCAACGUGAUGAGAGGUUGUAAAUCUGGCGUUGAAGCAAGACUCCGUGACAUGGCUCCACAUCUUCUAGAUAUAGAUGGUGAUACGUGUCACCAUAUUCACAAUGCCUCUAAAAAGCUUUGUGAACCAUUUGAGUUUUGGGUUGAACGGUUGUUCACUGACAUUCACAAUGAUGUGAAAUGGAGCACAGACGUAAGGGACAUGAUGAAAGAGGUAGCAACCUUAAUAGGGAUAAAAUUCACCAUGCCUGAGCAGUUUGUGUCCCACAGGUGGCUUUCCUGUUAUGAUGUUGCAGUGAACACCAAGCGCUUGAUGGAUGUGUACCGUGUUGUGUACUAUGCGUUCAUGGACAAAUCUCAGCAGUCAUUGUACAAGUCGGUGGUGAAUGACAUACUCAAAAAAAGGGAAGUGAGCGAAGAUGCUGAAAGGAGAGUGAAGGAAAUCCAGAUGGAGCUGUCCCGAAAGAAUAUGACAAAAGAUGGACAGGCAAGAAAACAACGUAUCAUUGAACGUUUGUUGGAAAGAAAUACAAAGACUGAUCUGGUACUGAACUUCUAUGUUUCUGUGCUGCCCAUGCUUAAGUCUUACAUAGUGUUAUUUGAGACAAAGGAACCCUUGAUCCACAAGCUCAUUGAUAAACAAGAAGAGUUGAUGACCAAGUUUCUAGCAUGCUUCAUUGUCCCAGAUGCAGUAUCAAACAAGUCUGGAAAGCAGCUGAUGAAUUUGAAUCUCACCAGCAGUGAAAUAAUGCUCAAGGAUAAGGACAUGUUUGUGGGAGCUUCCAAUCAGAAACUGAUCCGUAAAAUAACAAGUAAGGAGUUAAAUGUGAAGACAUUCCGUAAGCAAGUGAAAUCUGCCUACAUCAACUGUGGCAAGUAUAUGCAGCAAAAGCUACCUCUGGCUAACCCUGUGCUUACUUCUGCUUCAGCUAUUGAUCCCAUUAUCAGAACCAGUGUGCACACUUCAGCACUAUUGAAUAAGCUGCCAACAUUAGUGCAUGAAGUUCUUCAUGGUGAAGAAGAAGAGGAGAAAUAUGCUACUGAGGUGAAAGAUUAUCAGGUUGAUAGAUUCUUACCUUCACACAGUGGACUUCGAAUCGAUCAUUGGUGGGCAGCUGUGAAUGCCACCGGCAAGUACCCUACACUUUGCAAAAUGGUGUUGAGUUUGCUUAGCUGUUUUCAUGGACCCCAAGUUGAAAGCAGUUUCAAUGUGAUGGGAGACAUUUUGAAUUCUAGGACUGGGAGAAUGAAAAUAGAAACAUACAGUGCCAUCCAGUCGACAAGGUAUGGCCUUGCCAACCAUGGCGUUGAUGCAGUGAAGCAGUUUGAAAGACACGAUGCAGCAAAAGAUCCGGUGGACAAAGUGCUCUGUCAAAAUCUGCGGUCUGCUGCACUGCGGUACAAAAGACAACAAGAAGAAACCAGAGCUGCAGAGAUGGAGAAAAGAAAAAACCAUCCUUUGAAAGAAAAGCAGCUUGAAAGUAAAUCUGCCAACAAAAGACUUCAAGCAGAGUUUGCCGUUACUGAUGCUGCUCGCCAUGAGGAAAGAAUGGCGAAAAAAAGAAGACAAGAAGUUCUCACCGAACUUGCAGCCAAAAGGAAGAAAUGAACUAGGCUUGUAUUAAUGAGGCUGACUGAGUUGUAGCUUUCGAAUUCAAUUAUGCUAGAAAAAAAAAGAUAAACAUAUUAAGCCUCAAGCAUUGUAAUAAAAAAACUAAUAUAACAUAAGUAGGUGUAAUUUGAAAUCAGGCACUUGUUCAUUAAAUGAAUGUGCUGUUAUUAUUUAAUACUGUUAAGUGAGUUUGAAUAAACAGUGAAAUAUCAAUUUUCUUAACAUCUAGUCACUACAAGAACUUAUUUACUACUUCAGAUCUAGUCAUUGCAUUAAAUUUUAUUAUGUUACAUGUGAUUCUUGUAUGGUAAUUUUAGAUUAUUAUUUUGUGUAUGUAUCAAUUAUGAAGUUUCUGUGCGUUUUUGAUGUAUAACAUGCCAUGAGAUUCUGUGUGAACCAUAUUAGUUGAAAAGACUACCUUUUGAAUUAUGUUUACAAUUAAGUGUAUGUAUUUUUCAUGUACAAACCUAACCAUUGUUUGUUUUCCAUUGUAUGCAUGUUAAGUAUUCUGCAAGAAUUACUGUCAACAUAUGUUGGUCUUAUACUUGAGGAUAGCUUCCUAUUUGCAAAUCAAUUUGCUAUCCUUCAGGAGCUUCCGGCCCCUUGGACCCCUGAUCAGGGCUUUGCCCUAGACCAACCAGGGGCCCUGCGGUCCCCUGGCCCCCAGCUAAAAUAUUUCAGUAUUUUCAAUUUUUGUACUUUCAACCAUGCAUCUAGUCACUACAAGAAUUUAUUUAGUACUUCACAUCUAGUCUGAAGUCAUUGCAUUUAUUAAGUCUGUGAUUCUUGUAUGCUAAUUUUAGAUUAUAAUUGUUCUAAAGUGAAUGUAUCAAUGAAGAAGUUUCUGUUAGUUUUUGAUUAUGUAUAACAUGCCAUGAGAUUCUGUUUGAAUUAUAUUAGUUGAAAAGACUACCUUUUGAAUUAUGUUUACAAUUAAGUGUGCUUGUAAAAAUGUACAAUGGUUAGCAUUCAAUGAUAUACUUCCUUUUAUUAAGUUACUAGUAACUAUAAGCCUUUAAAAAAUUAAUAGAUAAAAUGACUGAAUAUAGUUAUUGUACAUGUACAAACAUAACCAUUGUUUGUUUUUCAUUGUAUGCAUGUUAAGUAAGCUGCAAGAAUUACUGUCAACAUAUGUUGGUCUUAAACUUGAGGAUAGCUUUCUAUUUGCAAAUCAAUUUGCUAUCUUUCAGGAGCUUCCGGGGGCCUUCGGCCCCCUGAGCCCCUGACCAGGGCUUUGCCCUGGACCCACCGGGGGCCCUGCGGCCCCCUGGCCCCCAGCUAAAAAAGUUCAGCUGAUUUCUUCAUUUUGCAUUCUCA